UCCACCAAAAACAAACAAGUAAAUCAAUGAGCCAAGGUUGUCGCUGGAUCCAAACAAACGGAGCGUGGUAUAAAUAUAAUAUCCCCAAAUCUAAAAAAGAACAAGCAACAAGAUUGUAGCAUAGCCAGGAUAUAAAUAAAUUGUUCCUAGACAUGCGCCUCCGAUGGAGAAUCUGACAAAAUGGCGAUGCUGUUUGCAAACGAAAACACGUUUAAUUUUAAUGAAUUUUAGAACUAAUUACAGCCAGAUUACCCAAUAAAUGACGACAAUUUCGAUCGAUAUCAAACGAGACGUAUCGAAAGGUUGACCGGAUACAUUUGCUGAGCGUGCGUUUCAAGGCGAAGAAACCGUUUUAAAGAAGGUGUAAGCAAGAUAUCGAAAAAACGCUAUACUGCACGCAUCCAAUAGUAAUGUAAUAAGAAGCCACAAGGAAGGAAUUAUUACAUAUGCAGUAUAAGAGAAAGUGUUUUGUGAUUUCAUAGUUAUGUAAACCUCACAAUUUUACUUUCAUUUUGAAGCCAUUUACUUUCAAUGCUCUACAGUUACCUGCAGUAUAUCCAAAAACGCUCAAGCUAUUCAUAGCAGCAAAACCUAUAGUAAGUUUAGUGAUUCCAUGUGCUAUAGUUAUUAAAAUCCACAAUUAAUUUAAGACUCAAAAUGGAUGAGUCUAGUGUGAAACGAAGAACCCGACCAGCACAGAGGCUGUAUGUGCCCCCAGCUCAACGCAAUAAACAAUCCCCCAAUGUUAAACCCAGUGACAUUCCAAUGCAAACUCCGGAAACAGAAAUACCAAAAAAGAUUGAAGUUGCAAGUAAUGAGCCUGUGGUGAUUCUGGAAGAGGUUAAAAAUUCAAUGAAAUACAUGGAAUUAGUAGAUACUGAUAAAAACACUGAACUAAGUACAAAGGAAAAUAAGUUAGUAAUAAUGUUGAAAGAGCGGACAGGACCUGAUAUAAAUGGAGACACUGUAAAAGUAAAUAGGAAGUGUAGGCCAAUUAUUAAGCAUGUACAAAAUGAUGUUUUGAACAUUGAUGUGAAAAAGCCCUCAAAUAAAUCUAAUAAAAAGAGCCCAGUGAAACUUAUGCAGGUCGCUAAUUGGGAAGACUUAUUCUUAGAUGAUGACCAGGAGGACAAUUAUGACGAUCAAAUCAGUUUUACAAAUAAUGUUCAUGAUGAUGGAGAGGAUGAUGAUGUAAUUAUAAAUCCAAAAAUGCAGGAGUUGGAGCACGUAAUAGAACUGUAUGACUUCCCAUCAACAUUCCGGACACCAGAUAUCAUGCAGAUCUAUAGUGAUAUUAACAAGGAAUCUAUGUUUAUUAAGUGGUGUGAUGAGACACAUGCCCUAUUGAUACUGGGCUCAUCAAUACAAGCCCAACGAGCGUUGAAUCUGCAACAUGAUAUAAUAAAAUCUCGGCCAAUGACAAUGGCGGGCCAGAAGGCCUUGGAAGUAGCAGCAAAGAGUGACCUCAGACCAGCUAUGAAGAGACCACAGACUAGUAUGCAUGCUGCGCGAAGAAUGAUCACAACUGCCCUGGGAGCUAGGAAUACCAUAAGUAGAGAGGAACAACAAAAAGAGAGAGAAGCUCUCAAAAGAGCAAAAGAAUUGAAGAGAACCCAGCGGCAAAAUGAAAGGGAUGCGUGGGAAGGAAAUCCUCGGCCAUCGACAGCCUGACGAAGGAGAUGCAACUGACACCAUUUAUGUUUUCCUGUUUUGUUCAAUUCCUUUAACAUAUACAUCUCAAUGUUUUUAUGUUGCUAUACUAACUUAACAAAUCACUAUCGUGCCUAAUUGUUAAAUGUGAUACCGUGAACUGGACGAAUAUUUAAAAAAAAAAAUCAGAGAUUUAUAUAUUAUAAAUUAUAUAUGUAUAUUCUAUUAAGUUAUGACAAGUUACAAUUAAG